UACACAAUUUCUCUAAGGCAAGUCAUAUUUACUCGUUCGAAUUCUGAUAAGUUUAAGAAGAACAAUAAUUUCAACUAGCGAAUGCUUCCUGCAAAGUAUUGGACUGCACCUGUGUAAGACUCGCCGCACGUGUUUUUCCACCUCUAGCCAGAUGUAUGCGAGCACAAGUACCAACGCUAACCACGAUGGUGAACGAAAAUUAGAUGCAGCCAGCCUGAGCGUGACGGCAAUGGCUGGCACCGGGUACGACGAGGCGUGCCCGAGCCCAGCGCCGCGAGGCAGCCCUGGUCGGGACAGCCUCGACAUGGAGCAGGGCAUCGAGACGGCGAGCAAGACGCUGCUACGCUUCCUCUACUUGACGUCAUUCCUGCAGGGUGUGUCCUGCGGCAUCCUGGAGCCCUUCUGCCAGAACGAGCUGACUCCUCGAAAAGUUUUCGGGGCACUGGCCUCCAAUGGUUUGCAUGGAUGCUACAUCCUAGGAACUCUGCUGGUAACGCCAUGGACUGCGAAAUUGAUGCUGAAGGACAUCAAAAUGAGGAAGCUUUUCAGCUGGGGACUUUUCAUCGAAGGAGCCUGCUGCUUCUCUUACGAGGUCCUGAUGCCCUUCAAGCAUUCGUUCAUGACGGGAUUUAUUCGAGUCGUUCAGGGAAUCGGAGCAUCCUUGGUGUUUCCUGGAUACUUUUUCGUUAUAUGCGUCCAGUUUCCAGGAGAGAUUCCUACAUUAAUGCCAAAGUUGGGCGCAGUUUUUAGCCUGGGAAUGGUCUUGUGGUCGUACAGCAGUGGAUUUCUCUUUGGAGCUCGCGUCCUGAUGUUCCCGUUCCUGUGCCUCGGAUGCCUGCUCAUUAUCUGCUCAUUCUGGGCGCCUUUCAUGCUUCCUCAAUACCGGCAGAAACACGGCGGUUUUAAAAUCGGAAUCGGGAAUUUCCUCGCUGACGAAAGUGUUCUCAUGGACUUGGCGAUAAUGGCGAAUGCAUUCCUGUUAUUCGUCAGCAACCGCCUGUCACUUGCUGACGUCUUGCUCAAGUUUGGGCCCAUCAAUGCCCAAAGCCACACGCUGACGGCGUUUUCCAGCCCACUCUACAUUCUGGCCGCCAGCAUGUGGGUGCGAAUGAGGAUGACCAAGUUCAGAAUCCGUCUGAUGUCGCUACUGGGAGCCGGCGUGUCUCUAGCUGGUCUCAGUAUUGCAGUGUCCUUGGAAAAGCUCUCCGACGACCAGAGACAGCGCACGUGCGCAAUCGCCACAAGCCAGGUUUUCAUUAUUGGAGGCUGCGGAGUGUCCUUUGUAUCAGCCUUCGUCCACUGUUAUCUACAAAACACGAGUGAAAUCGGGGCAAGGUAUUCCCACAUUGUGCUCUCGGGUGUAACAUGCACUGCCAUAUCGUUCGGGAACUUUGCCGCAAUAUUGUUUCACACGUAUAUCAUGGACGGUCUUCCGUAUGUACGGGGGAUUUAUUCAAUGCUAGAGGCACAGCUUCUCAUCUUCGUCCUUUUCUGUACUACGGCGGUCUACUGCAGGAUUCAACCUCGUGAUGUGGGGAGAAUGGGAUACGUGAACCCAGAUGGCUCACUACGGCUGUGACUGCGGAAGCGAAGUUUCCGGCUGUGUUGUUUCAAAACGCUUCCAAUAUCAUGACAUUAAGUGCGACAUAUAAAGUGUUUGUCGAUGAUAGCGCGUUUCUACUUCAGAUAGCAAGUUCCGCAUGGCGCUUCCGCAACUUUCUUAAGCCUCUUAUAUGAAGCCUCUGUGUGUAAUAUGUGCCUCCGAGAUGUGUGAUCGCGCAGAUCUUUCCUAGCGAUACCAAGUUAGUGUUUGCACUAGUUUCGUUUCUGUCAUUUUGUCUGAAGCCUCUAAAGUGUUAUACGUCUAAUCACUUAAAAAGGAGAAAAAAAAAUGAGCAAAGUGAAAGAAAGGUAACCAGAAUUGCCGCGCGACUGGCCGCUCGAGGCAUUUUGCGUGUAUUCGGGGGCUCCUUUCACGCUCAGAAAAACACUUUUAUGUAGCACGUAUUGAGCAACAGAAAGCUGUAUCGGGGGUUUUUCAUGUUGCUCUACAAUUUUCUCAUUGACACUUUGAUAAUUAGGACAGUAAUUUUCGAGUUAGAUAAUU